AUUCCCUACUCUUGUUCGCUCUAAUACCUCCUCCCUCCCUUCUGUGCCCAUGACCUUGACUAUUGUUCUUCAACAAGCACGCCGUGGUGUUGCAAAGGUAUUCAUUAAAUUUUCUCCUUUAACGUUUGUUACAUGUUUAUUCCCACGGGUCAGAUAUCCACAUUCUGUAACUUGUUUCGAAAAGUCUUUUCUUUUGGAAACAGAAAAAAGGUGACCAUUACUGCCUUCACUACCACAAUCGGCCGCCAAUUCUCUAUAUUCCGCCCCGUCUAUAAGCAGGCAGCUGCUGAUGAUGAGCUGGUCGAGAACUUGAGCAAAGUUUAUCCUUCAGCGGAGGAAGCUGUCAAGGAUAUCCCUUCAGGUUCGACUCUGAUGGUUGGAGGAUUCGGACUCUGCGGUAUUCCAGAGAAUUUGAUCGCAGCAUUGAAGAAGCGUGCUUCAGACUGUAAGGACUUGAUUGUAGUUUCUAACAAUGCUGGCGUGGAUGAUUUUGGAUUGGGACAGCUCCUGCGUACCAAACAGAUCAAACGCAUGAUCAGCAGUUAUGUAGGCGAGAACAAGGAGUUUGAGCGCCAGUACCUCUCUGGAGAGCUCGAGGUUGAGUUGACUCCUCAGGGUACUCUAGCAGAGCGUGUUCGUGCUGGCGGUGCUGGUAUCCCAGCUUUCUUCACUCCUACUGCUUAUGGAACUGAAGUUCAAACUGGUGAGCUCACAAUCAAGUAUAGUCCGGAUGGCAAGCCUUUGAUCCGCAGCAAGCCUAGAGAAGUGCGCGAAUUUAAUGGCCGCAAGUAUAUUAUGGAAGAGGCCAUCGUUGGAGACUACUCAUUGGUCAAAGCCUGGAAGGGUGAUGCCUAUGGAAACCUAAUCUUUAAGGGAUCUGCUAUGAACUUCAAUCCGGUCAUGGCGAAGGGUUCCAAGAAUUGCAUUGCCGAGGUAAAAAAAAAAAAAAAAAAAAAAAAAAAACGACCCGAGGACAUUCACUUGCCUGGCAUCUUCGUAAAGCGCAUCAUCCAGGGUAAGAACUAUGAAAAGAGGAUUGAACGUCUCACCUUGACUGAGGACAAACCUGUCGGCGUUACCAAUACCUCUCCUGUCUGCUCGUGUCGUGAGAAGAUCGUUCGCCGUGCCGCUAAGGAGUUCAAGAACGGCAUGUAUGUCAACUUGGGUAUUGGUAUGCCCAUGCUUGCGUCCAACUACCUCAAGAAGGGCGUUGCUGUCCACUUGCAAAGCGAGAACGGUAUCCUUGGUUUUGGUCCCUUCCCCAAGCCUGGUGAACAGGAUCCUGAUCUGAUCAACGCUGGAAAGGAAACUAUCACACUUCUACCUGGCGCCUCACUCUUCUCAAGUGAUGAUUCGUUUGCAAUGAUUAGAGGAUCACACGUAGAUUUGACUAUUUUGGAGCAUUGCAGGUGUCGGCCAAGGGUGAUUUGGCCAACUGGAUCAUCCCCGAAAGAUGGUCAAAGGAAUGGGAGGGCCAUGGAUCUAGUCGCCAGUCCCGGUACCCGUGUUGUCGUGACGAUGGAGCAUCUGGCAAAGGGCGGCAAGCAUAAGAUCCUAGAAGAAUGUACAUUACCUCUGACUGGCGUUGGUUGUGUUGAUAGAAUUAUCACAGACCUGUGUGUGUUUGAUGUCAAGGAUGGCAACCUUGUAUUGACCGAGUUGAUGGCGGAUGUUUCAUUGGACGAUGCUUGUAAGAUGUUGAGACAAACAGGAUGA